ACAAGUAGAUCCCUCAAUUUUGCCAGUGCAGUUGAAAUAUCAUCAUAAAAAUUCGUAUAUUUCCUCGUUCUUCCACUCCACUAAAGUAUUUUUACUUUACAAAAUACGUGUAAGUGCAUCUUAAUCAGAAUUAAUAACAAAAGGUGUUCAAUUGCCUCCAUGAACAGAUAAGCAGUAAUUAUUGAAAAAUGAGUUACCACCGAGGUGGUGGGAAUAAGCCAAAGGGCUUUGGCUUCACUGGCUUCCAGAUGUCAGGGACAAAGAGGACUGGAGCCAACAUCCCACCCCCAUCGACAAAUCCCUCAUUGAGCAAGCAGGGAUAUCAUACUAUGAAUUCCAUCACUGAGAAUGCACUCUCUGCAUGCUGGGGCAUGCCAAAGAAACGAAGCAAGACUGAAGAAGAAUAUUUCGAAGACGACGACGAAGCUCAGACAUCGACCUUGGAGUACAUUCCAGCCCCAGGCUCCCCAACCUUCGAUCGAAUGCAAAAAGAGCAGAGGAAACAAGCAGACAGUGACAGCGAGGAGGAUCCACUUGACGCAUUCAUGGCUGGUAUCGAUGCAGAAGUAAAAAAGAACAAUACUAAAGCAGCACUAGCUGAGGAGGAGCUCAAAGAGGACAAAUCCAAAGGAUUCAGGCAAGAUAUUGACGGAGAGGAUGACGAGGAGAGCUAUUACAGGUACAUGGAGGAGAACCCAACAGCUGGUUUGACCCAAGAAGAGUCCGACCAGGAGAUUGAGUAUGACGAUGAUGGGAAUCCAAUAGCCCCAGCCAAGAAGAAGGAAAUUGACCCACUGCCCCCCAUAGACCACAGUGAGAUAAAGUACGAAGCAUUCGAGAAGAAUUUUUACAAUGUUCACGAGGAAAUCGCUAAUUUGACGAAAGCUCAGGUCGAGGAGUUGAGGAAGACCCUGGGGAUAAGGGUAUCGGGGCCCUCAGUGCCCAAACCAGUCGCCAGUUUCGGGCAUUUUGGGUUCGAUGAUGCUCUCAUCAAAUCAAUUCGCAAGAGUGAAUACACACAGCCAACUCCAAUCCAAUCACAGGCGAUUCCUGCUGCACUCAGUGGGAGGGAUUUAAUCGGCAUUGCCAAGACAGGAAGUGGAAAGACUGCUGCAUUCAUCUGGCCUAUGCUGGUGCACAUUAUGGAUCAGAAGGAGCUGCAGGAGGGGGAUGGACCCAUUGGCUUGAUCCUUGCACCCACGAGGGAAUUGUCACAACAGAUCUUCCAUGAGGCUAAGAAAUUUGGCAAGGUCUAUAAUAUUCAGGUUUGCUGCUGCUAUGGGGGCGGCAGCAAGUGGGAGCAGAGUCAGGCACUUCAAGCGGGGGCGGAAAUUGUCGUUGCCACUCCUGGCAGGAUGAUUGACUUGGUGAAGAUGAAGGCUACUAGUCUGAGCCGAGUCACGUUCUUGGUUCUUGAUGAGGCUGAUAGGAUGUUUGACAUGGGGUUCGAACCGCAGGUUCGAUCAAUCUGCAAUCACGUGCGUCCCGACAGGCAAACUCUCCUCUUCAGUGCGACAUUCAAGAAGAAAGUCGAGAAACUAGCACGAGAUGUUCUAACAGAUCCAGUGAGAAUAGUCCACGGAGACGUCGGAGAGGCGAAUACCGAUGUGACCCAACACGUGAUAGUAUUUAACAAUAAUCCGACUGGAAAAUGGAUCUGGUUGCUCCAGAAUAUCGUGGAAUUCUUGAGUUCGGGUAGUUUACUGAUAUUCGUCACAAAGAAAUUGAAUGCUGAAGAGUUGGCGAAUAAUCUGAAGCUGAAGGAGUUCGAGGUGAUGCUGUUGCACGGUGACAUGGACCAGAUCGAACGAAAUAAAGUGAUAACAGCUUUCAAACGAAAGGAAGUGAGCAUUCUGGUGGCCACAGAUGUGGCAGCUAGAGGUCUCGAUAUUCCCCAUAUCAGGACAGUUGUUAAUUAUGAUAUUGCGAGGGAUAUUGAUACGCAUACGCAUAGAGUUGGUAGGACAGGUCGAGCUGGUGAGAAGGGAACAGCUUAUACCCUCGUCACUGAGAAGGAUAAGGAGUUCUCGGGGCAUUUAGUGAGGAAUCUUGAGGGGGCUAACCAGGAGGUACCAAAGAGUCUAAUGGAUCUGGCUAUGCAGAGCUCGUGGUUCAGGAAGUCCAGGUUUAAGGGGGGAAAGGGAAAGAGUUUGAAUGUCGGUGGGGCUGGACUGGGUUUCAGAGGACGACCUGAGGCGUCUGCCCCGAAGAGUGGGUCGUCUGUACAGCCGCCCAAGGACAUCAGCGAGGUGGUGAAAAAAUUGGAGAGACAGGGGCCGGGGAGUGAUCGUCUUUCUGCCAUGAAAGCAGCUUUCAGAAGUCAAUACACGUCACAGUUCAGGGCGUCUUCGGAUCACACUUGGGAGCAGACGAUCACUCCUCCCUCGCUUAUUAUGCCACCACCACCUCCACCAUCAACGUCAGGCGCUGCAGAAGGUUAUCCUGGUGGUGAUGGAUCCAUCCCUCAAGAUACUUCAAAUUCCAGUCAAGGUGGCUCAGAACGGAAGCGAGUGAGAAAGAGCCGGUGGGAGUAAUUAAUUAAGAGUGUUGAUUAAAUAAUUCUAUUGUAUCGUGGUGUAUUGUGAAUGUAAUGAUAUAGAUUAUUGAUUGAAAUCGAAGGUUUUUUUUUAUCUCGAUUAAUAAAUAUUGAAAGAGUAAUUUUAAUUUUA